AUGAAUUCUACUUUCGAAAAAAUUCCAAUCACAUGAAUUCAUUCUUCUCCUCUUCCAAGCCCUCAUUACACAUUUAUUAGUCUCCCAAGAAGCUGAGUGGAUUUAAACCAUCAUUUCCUAUUGAUUUCAUCUUCUUUAAUUUUGAGGAUGGCUUCUUUUUGGUUUCUCAUAGCACUCAUUACACCUUUCAUGGCUUUACCUUCUUCACUAUCUUUACCUUCUCAGCUGAAGUUAGAGACACCCACCGUUUCAGCAGUACCUGCAGAGUCCCCAAACCCUCCCCUCUCUCCGUUUACAGAAUUGUCGCCGGACAUUUCUCCUCUUCUGCCUUCUUCUGGUGGUGCGGUGCCUUCUCCAACUGGUUCUAUCAUGCCCACCAUUCCUUCCAAUCCGAGCCCUCCAAAUCCGGAUGAACUCGUCAAUCUUGGCCCCGGUUCUGCAAUUUCUCCGUCCGGGUCUUUACCCGCUUCUUCAGUGUCGUCUCUCAAUUUAGCUAUGUCCCUACAUAAUAUAGCAGUGUUUAUGGGUUCGGUAGUGUAUUGGUCAGUGCUGGUUUUUGCUAUGUGAGGUAAUUAAUCUCUGGCUGGAAAAUUCAAUUGGCUUUGUAGGUUCCCGUUUUAGUUCAUGUUCUGUUUAUAGUGUAUAUGAUAAUGCUUGGAUUUAGGUGAGCUGAGUGGCAUUAUUGCCACCAGAAUGAUUAUUGGAAUUUUUGAAGUACAAUUUAUUAAUUAUAUCUUAUUAUCUGUUUUGAGGAUUAA